AUGUUUAGCACGACCCUACUUCUUCAGUUAUUUUGUUCGGUGUUCAUUUUGUGUAUCACUGAGCUGCAUUUGCUAGCCAACGAACACUCGGUGGAUGAUUUAACUCGUGUCGUAAUGUAUUUGUGUUGUUUGAUAAUGCAAGUUUUCAUCAAUUGUCACUACGGCAACGAAAUAACCUAUACAUCUAAGAAGGUUCAUCAGGCCACUGCAUUUGUCAACUACCCGGAUAUGGACAUUAAAACAAGAAAGCUCUUGAUUUUAUUCCAACAACGCACCAUGGUUGAACUGAAGUGCUUUGUUGCAUCGCUGCUAAAAAUUGAACUCAGCAUGGAAACGUUUGUCACGAUCAUUAAAUCAUCCUACUCCUAUUUCGCCGUUUUGCGGUCGAUGACAAAUUAA